UGAAGCCUUGGCGUUAGCUCCCUAGCUGCUGUCGGCAGGGGCCAGGUGACAGCUUGAUUGAGGUCUCGCUGCCACUCGCAGCAGAUGUCGAAGCAGCCAGGCAAUGGGGAGGACCUGGAGCGGCCCCUCUGCGCGCGCUAAGCCGGGUCCCACAAAGUCGGUCGUUGGGGUAGGACUGUGGGCCGGUGCCUGGCCUUUGUCACCGUAGUAACUGCUAGCAUCACAGUUGUCCUCAGAACACUGCUGCGGAGCGAGGAGCGGGAGCAGAUGGAAGGCAGAUCCCCAAAGACCCGCUACAGAGACGGGUCCGGAAACUCGCCAUGCUGAGCAAGCAGCUGCAGCAAGUCCACCCCAAUGUGCUGGCCAAAGUGCUCAGACAGGGAGUCGUGUACCAGAAUGACGAGAUUGUGGUGAUCAACAAACCCUAUGGCCUUCCUGUGCACGGUGGCCCCGGGAUCAAGAAUUGUAUCACUGACGUGCUGCCAAUUUUGGCCAAGAUGCUGGAGAACGUGAGGGCCGAGCCUCUGCACCUCUGUCACCGGCUGGACAAAGAGACCACAGGUGUGAUGAUACUGGCGCGGAGCAAGGAGGCAGCGGACGAGAUCCGGCUCCUCUUCAAAACUCGCCAGGUGGAGAAGAUAUACUGGGCAAUCAGCUUGGGGGACCCAGACCCUGCUGAGGGGCUCGUGGAAAUCCCCAUUGUGGAGAAGGAGGUGCAGAGCCACCAGCCGCACUACAAGAUGACGCUGGCCCCGAACUACUGCCUGGCUCCCGAGGAUGGGAAGGUGGUGAAAAUCCGCAAGAACCGCAGUGCCGAAAGCGCCGUGACACGGUACCGUGUCCUGGCUAGCUCUUCUGCCUGCUCUCUCUUGGAGCUGCAGCCCAUUACAGGAGUGAAGCACCAGAUCCGGGUUCACCUGGCCUACGGGUUGGGGUGCCCCAUCCUGGGGGAUCACAAAUACUCGCACUGGAGCAAGCUGGCACCCCAGAAGCUCCCUGAAAUCACCUUGAAGAGGCUGAAACUGGAACAGACGAAGGCUCGCCACCUCCCCCUCCACCUCCACGCCCACCGGCUCUCCCUCCCUUUGGGCACUGGCAAGGACAAGCAGAUAGACCUGGUGUGCAAACCACCUGACUUCUUCAAAAGCACGAUGAUGAAGCUGAAGCUGGAGAUUCCUGAGGCCUGAGCAGAGGCAGGACAAGACUGGUGCUGUGCCUCUCUGCAUCUCUAGCACAUGGUAGCGCUGGGUCCAGCUGUUCUGCGGUGGCAUCUGCCUUAGAGCCAGUAGCGUGAAGAAAUCUAUGGUCUCUGCUGCUUGAGAGAGACUUUGCCUUUGGGUAACAGUGCUGCUGGCUUCAAACCAGGUACUGGAGUGUGUUUUCUGCCCGAUUUGGUGCAGGAUCGUGACUGGGUGCACUGAAGAGCUUCUUGUUCAGACAAACGAGGCUGGACAGAAAGUGGACUUGCUGUCCAUGCUCUGGACUUGUCUCUGAGCAAUAAAGGAUCCAGUUCCCAUGGUG